GGUUACGGCGGCGGAAGUAGCGCUAGCGCAGACAGUGGAAGCGUUUUGACGGCUUCCCCAGCGUGGGGAGAGAGCUGAACCCUGCAUGAGAGAGGGCGUCUGAGCUCCGGAGUGAGGGUGGCUUCAAGCUGCUUGGCUCAGAUAUGGCCAGUACAGCUACUGAGAAUUCAGAGGCAACACCAUCAGAUUUCAAAGGAGACCUGAAAAUUCCUAAAGUGGAUGUCGGUGAUUAUCCACUAAAAGUUUUAUAUUGUGGAGUGUGUUCAUUGCCAACUGAGUACUGUGAAUAUAUGCCUGAUGUCACAAAGUGCAGACAGUGGUUAGAGAAGAACUUUCCAAACGAAUUUGCAAAACUUACAUUAGGAAAUUCUCCUAAGCAAGAAGCUGGUAGUGGAGAGGGACCUGGCACAGCUGGUGAAGAAGAGGAAAAGAAAAAACAAAAAAGAGGUGGACGUGGUCAAAUUAAACAGAAAAAGAAGACUGUACCACAAAAGGUUACAAUAGCCAAAAUACCUAGAGCAAAAAAGAAAUAUGUUACUAGAGUCUGUGGUCUUGCGACAUUUGAAAUUGAACUCAAGGAAGCACAAAGAUUCUUUGCUCAGAAAUUCUCCUGUGGUGCCUCAGUAACAGGAGAGGAUGAAAUAAUAAUUCAGGGAGACUUUACAGAUGAUAUUAUUGAUGUUAUACAGGAAAAAUGGCCAGAAGUUGAUGACGAUAGCAUUGAUGACCUUGGGGAAGUAAAGAAGUGAUACAACAUUGUGCCUGUAUUUAAAGACCUAAUGUUUUAGUCUACGUAGCCAAAGCCAGGGAGGAUUCAGAGAACAAUGUAUGUCCGGCUCGGUCAAAAUGUACCACCUUUCCAAUUGCAUUUUCACUACUGUAGAAAAGCUACUUUUUGUUUUUAUUUUUAAAUGCUAAGUAACCAAGUUUCCUCAUGCGACUGCAAAAUAUGUGUUUAGAGUAAUAAAAUUAAUUUGGUCAUUA